UCCGGUUCAACAUGGCGCCUCCCACACCGCACUUAGCUGUUCGAGGAUCAGAGGGAACAUUUCUGCUCCUUGGACCUCCACACUGUGAGGAAAGCCCCACUUUUCAACGAGAUGAGAGACAGGGCAGAUAUGUUGCUUUCAGCAGGGAUGGCACUUUAUUCGGCUGGAGUAAUGGAGACAAGGUCAGUGUGGUUAAAAUGUCGACUGGAGAAUUGGUCAAGUCCUUUGAUUUACCAAAAACUGCCAUGCUGGGAUUCUCUCCUCUGAACAAAGUGCUGGUAACAUGGAAGCAAUACACAAAAACACAGGACAAUCCUCAGGGGGAUGCAAACCUCCAGCUGUGGGACCUGCAAACAGGAAACUGCAUCAAAGCUUUCUAUCAGAAGAAAGCAGAGGGAUGGUGUCCGCGCUGGGCAUAUGAUGAAAGCAUUGCAGUCAGAUGUGUAAACAAUGAACUUCAUUUCUUUGAGAACAACAACUUUGAAACAAUUGCCAACAAACUUCACCUGCAAAAGGUUUCAGAGUUUGCUCUGUCUCCAGGACCUCAGCCGAGUAAGGUUGCUGUGUAUGUUCCUGGAAGCAAGGGUGCCCCCUCAUUUGUAAGGCUUUAUCAGUACCCUAAUUUUGGUGGUCCUACCUCAGCGCUGGCCAACAAAAGCUUCUUUAAAGCAGACAAGGUGGCCAUGCUGUGGAACAACAAAGCAAGUGCAGUUUUAGUUACAGCCAGCACAGAGGUGGAUAAAACUGGUGCUUCAUAUUAUGGAGAGCAGACUCUGCACUAUCUGGCUACAAAUGGGGACAGUGCAGUGGUGCAGCUGCCGAAGAACGGUCCUAUUUAUGACGUAUCAUGGAGUCCCAACUCUUCUGAGUUCUGCGUUGUGUAUGGCUUCAUGCCUGCCAAGGCCACCGUCUUUAACCUGAAGUGCGAGCCUGUAUUCGACUUUGGCACAGGUCCACGCAACGCUGCGUUUUACAGCCCACAGGGCCACAUCCUGGUCCUGGCAGGAUUCGGAAAUCUGAGAGGCCAGAUGGAGGUGUGGGAUGUGAAGAAGUACAAGCAGGUUUUUAAACCUGAGGCCGCAGACACCACUUUCUUCUCCUGGUGUCCUGAUGGGGAGCACAUUGUCACUGCCACAUGCUCACCCAGACUCAGGGUUAGCAACGGCUACCAAAUCUGGCAUUACACCGGUACAGUCCUGUACAAGCAUGAAACGCCUUCAGGUAAAGAACUGUGGGAGGUCGUCUGGCAGCCGUUCUUACCUGGAACAUUCCCAGAGAAAGCAGUGAAGUACCAGGCUGCAUCGAGUGAGCUCGGAAGUACUCAAGCUAAACCUGCUCAGGCUUACCGACCGCCUGCACUCCGCAACAAACCUGAAAGCAGCAGCCUUAAACUGCAUGAGGAAGAACCUCCACAAAGCAUGAAACUUGGUGCUGGAGACAAGCAGAUGUCUAAAGCAGCUCUGAAAAACCAAAGACGACGAGAAGCUAAGAAAGCAGCUAAACAGGAAAACAAGUCUGAUGAAGCCCCUGCUCCAGAGUCUGAACCUCAGCCUGUCCGACAAAAUCCUGCACCAUCUACACAUGGAGAUCCUGAAACUGACAAAAAGAUUAAGAACUUAAAAAAGAAACUGAAGGCUAUUGAUGAGCUAAAGGAGCAGCAGGCAGCUGGGAAACCAAUGCAGAAAAAUCAGCUGGAGAAGAUGCAGAAGGAGGAGCAGCUGCUAAAGGAACUUGAGGAACUUGAAUUAGGACUGUAAAGAACAUUUUUCAACAUGUAUACAGCUCUACAGUACAGAUUAUUGCAUAUUAGAAACUAAAGCAGAGCACUUAAUGGAAAACAAAAAAUCAUAAAAACAUCAAAAACCCACUGAACAAUAAAACAAAUAAAAUAUUCAAAUUUUCUUUCUGCCUCAUAUAAACCUACAGUGAUCUCUGAAACAUUGGCCGCUUUUUUAAAAGCAUAAUUACUAUGCAACAUUCUGUACAGUCUUUGAGGGACGUUCUGCUAGUCUGCACAUGUAGUAAAACCAGUCUGAUGGAAUCUCCCUGCUGUGGUAAACACGAUGUGUAACAUUUGUAAUAGAUUUAUGGAAAAUGUUUCACUAAAUUGAAUUGAGGAAAAUUUGUAUUUUGGUCUGAACAUGUUUUCUCCAUGCUUACAAAAUCUGUAAAAUCUCCAUCCAGUCGGAAAAAUAAAGGACGGUCAUACCAAACAAA